ACUGGAGUUAGGCUUUUAUUUUGAAGAGCGUGAAUCAGGAAGCAGAGGAAAGACCGAGAGCGGCACGAGUUUUUUUUAUUUUUUCACCACAACGACAAAUAUUGUAGCACCAAACCAAAGCGGUUCCUUUCCCCCAACUAAAGGUUUGGAGUGGGUGGAGAACGCGUUGGUUCUCGAUCAUGUCCCAGGUGGAGACGCAGGUCUGCUCCAUCCUGGAGAUAAUGGUCAGCGCGGCGAUGACUGAAAUAAGCAAACUUCUCGGCGGCUGUGAUUCAACAGGAGACUCUUCAUCAUGUGCUGGCUCUGCAGAUGAGAAGGUGAUCCAGCUGAGCGUCUUCAUGACGUCUCUGGCUCAAGAAGCUGUGGAGAAGAUCUGCCAGCUGUUCCAGGAGUGUUCCUCUCUGCUGCGACUCGAAGUGACGCAGGGUGUGGCGCAGAUCGAUGACCUGAGGAGGAGGCUGGAGGUGGCAGAGGCGGAGCUGAAGCUGAAGCUGGUGCUGGAGGGCGGCGGAGGAGGCCAGGACGAGGUGGAGGAGCUGAUGGAGGGAGGCGGAGUAGAGACGGCUCAGAGAGGCCAGAGAUCAGGGAGGAAGAAUCUCAGAGCUACAGGUGAUACUGGAGUGCAGAGAUCUCCUAUAAUUCACCUGUGGAAAGGCAGAACCUAUGAGGACAGCGUCCAUCCAGUUUUAAUAAAAGAGGAAGGGUUGGAGGGAUUAUCUGACCCGAUGUCUUCUGAUUCUGCUCAGAACAGAGAUCCCAGCCACCAUGAGGACGAUGACCCAGACUACCAGUUGGAGCCAGAGGAUCCAGAUGAGGCCGACCCGGGAUACACCACCACCACCAGAUCCAAACGCGUUUUAAAGCCCAAGCUGCCUCGGGUCCGAGCGAGGAAGGAGAGUCAGAGCCAGAAGGAGCUGAGCUGCAAACACUGCAGGAAAACCUUCACCAAGCUGCUGCAGCUCAAAGCCCACCAGGUCGUCCACAGCACGAACGCUGACAAGCAGUUCCACUGCCCUCAGUGUGGACGAGGCUUCUCCUUCCAGCGGAGCCUCAACGCUCACAUGUUACUUCACACGGGAGAGAGACCGUACACCUGUGACGUCUGCGGGAAAGGUUUCACCCUGAAGCAGCUCCUCAGGAAUCACCAGCGCCUCCACGCCGACGUCCGGCCGUUUUGCUGCGACCAGUGCGGCAAGAGCUUCUACCGGGCGCACGGCCUGAAAAUGCACCAGAUUGUCCACACGGGAGAGCGCGCCUACAACUGCCAGUACUGCAACAAGAGCUUCACAAUACAAGGCAACCUGCAGCGCCACCUGCGCAUACACACGGGCGAGAAGCCGUUCCGGUGCGACACCUGCGGCAAGAGCUUCAACCAGGCCGACACUCUGAAAGGCCACCAGCGGAUACACACGGGCGAGCGCCCCUUCAGCUGCGAGACCUGCGGCAAGUGCUUCAUCCAGAAGAGCUCGCUGAAGAUGCACCAGAAGACGUCGCACCUGGACGACAAGUCGCUGGCCUGCGUGGCGUGCGGCGCGGAUUCGGCCUGCGUCGACUCCCUGCGCAAACACCUGCAGACGCACGCGGCGACCAUCCCCUGCGUGUGCGUGCUCUGCGACCAGCGCCUCAGCUCCAUCACCGACCUCCGCUCGCACCAGCAGCAGCACUCGGUGGACCGGCCCCACAGCUGCGGCCUCUGCGGGAAGAGCUUCAAGUCGUCCAGCUACCUGAAGAUUCACAUGAAGACGCACAGCGGGGAGAGGCCGUUCUCCUGCGACAUCUGCGGUCGCAUGUUUACGCAGCAGAGCAGCCUCAAAUCACAUCAGGUGGUCCACACGGGGGAGAAACCGUUCAGCUGCGACACGUGCGGGAAAUGUUUCAGCAACACGGGCAACUUGAACCGACACCAGCGGAUCCACACGGGGGAGAAGCCGUUCAGCUGCGACACGUGCGGACGCAGCUUCAACCAGGGCAACAGCCUGAAGGCCCAUCAGCAGAUCCACACCGGCGAGAAGCAGUUCAUGUGCGACAAGUGCGGGAAGAGUUUCUCCUACCUGAGGAACCUCAAGGACCACAAGUGUUUCUACAUAUAAUCUUGUCAUCUGACCCGGAGGCUGCGCGGGGGGGAGGACGCUUCCCUCGUUAAAGUGUCGGGGAAGAAAUGAGUGGAUUUGCAGUGAAAGUGGUUUAGGUGGAGGCAGAUUCUGAUCCGGGGUUGUGGGGGAAAAAAAAAGGGUGAGACAGAUAAUAAUGUUUGAAAAGAGACCAGAGUGUUGUGACAUCUCUGGAGGAAACUUUUUCUUUCUAAACUGGCCCCUUAUAGACCGACUAAUCACUUGUUUUGUGUACGAAUGUGAAGACAAAAUAUAUUUUUUUAAAUUUCUGAACUCAUUAACAAGGACAGGAAAGAAAAGGACUGGUCAUUGUGUCAAACUGAUAUAAAAGUUUACAACAAAGUUUUACUUCUUUCAGAACGCGCUUUCACAGAGGAAGCAUGAACACACAUUAAGUUUGGAAGUGUUCUGUGGGCAGCUGUUCAUUGUUUUUUUUUUUUAGUUAUUGUACGUUGCCUCUUUCAGGAUGUGACUGGUAUUUAUGAUGGUGUAAAUUAAAGAGCUCUCUCCUGAAAAGUAGUUAAGUUGCCUUGUGUGCAUAUGAAGAACCGAUUGAACGUAACGGAAAAAAACACUAGUUUUGUAAGACUGUUGCAUCUGUACUAUUCUCUUGUGGAGAGUUUAUGUGAUAUUUCGACUUUGUGACUGUGACACAAACAGAUAAAACAAAUCAACUUUAAA